CCCGGGGCUGAGUGGGGCCCGGGCAGAAGCUGAGCAUCCUGCGCCCGAAAAGCCCCCGUUGGUCUGGGGGGGCUGAGGGACUGAGCCCCCCAGAGCAGGACCUCCCCCUGGAAGGGCUGCGCCGCAGCCCGUGGGAGGGCCUCGCUCCCGGCGCCCCCAGUCUCCAUUCGCCGCCGUCCCGGCCUCCGCCGGAGGGAGGGGCCGAGCGCCCUCGGGGGGCCGUGGACCCCGGCGUUCAGAGCGUUCCGCGCCCCGCGCCGCCCGGCCCCCCCGCCGCCGAUGGCCGCCGACCCGCCGGGAGCUGCCGAGAAGGGAGAGAUGGCUCCCGGGACACGUGUGAGCCCUCGGCGUUGCUGACGCCCCCAAUGUCGUCGAGCAGCCGGGGACCGGGGGCCGGAGCGCGCCGACGCCGAACCCGCUGCCGUCGCUGCCGGGCCUGUGUGCGAACUGAGUGCGGGGAUUGCCACUUCUGCCGAGACAUGAAGAAGUUUGGGGGGCCCGGGCGCAUGAAGCAGUCGUGCCUGCUUCGGCAGUGCACUGCGCCCGUGCUCCCACAUACAGCUGUGUGCCUCUUGUGUGGUGAGGCUGGGAAAGAGGACACAGUAGAGGGAGAAGAAGAGAAAUUUAGUUUGAGCCUCAUGGAGUGUACAAUCUGCAAUGAGAUCGUCCACCCUGGCUGCCUGAAGAUGGGGAAGGCUGAGGGUGUCAUCAAUGCAGAGAUCCCCAACUGCUGGGAGUGCCCUCGCUGUACCCAGGAAGGCCGCACCAGCAAGGAUGCAGGUGAGGGGCCAGGCCGCCGCAGGGCUGACAACGGAGAGGAGGGCGCCAGCCUAGGGAGUGGAUGGAAGCUGACUGAGGAACCACCACUUCCUCCGCCCCCACCCAGGCGCAAGGGUCCUUUACCUUCUGGGCCUCCCCCUGAGGAUGUGCCUGGGCCCCCCAAACGGAAAGAGAGGGAGGCAGGGAAUGAGCCCCCCACCCCAAGGAAAAAGGUGAAAGGAGGCCGAGAGAGGCACCUGAAGAAGGUGGGUGGAGACGCCUGCCUCCUCCGAGGAUCGGAACCAGGCGGCCCGGGCCUUCUGCCCCCCAGGGUUCUGAAUCCAAGCCAGGCAUUCUCAUCUUGCCACCCUGGGCUCCCUCCCGAGAACUGGGAGAAACCAAAGCCACCUUUGGCCUCUGCUGAGGGCCCAGCAGUCCCAUCCCCAUCACCACAGAGGGAGAAGUUGGAGCGUUUCAAGCGGAUGUGCCAGCUGCUAGAGCGGGUGCCUGACACCUCUUCUUCUUCCUCGGACUCAGACUCAGACUCAGACUCAUCAGGCACAUCCCUGAGUGAGGAUGAGGCCCCUGGCGACACCCGGAAUGGGCGUCGGCCUGCCCGGGGCAGCUCUGGCGAGAAGGAGAACCGUGGGGGACGGCGAGCUGUGCGCCCUGGCAGUGGGGGGCCCCUGCUCAGCUGGCCUCUGGGCCCUGCCCCACCACCCCGGCCUCCACAGCUGGAGCGGCAUGUGGUGCGACCUCCGCCUCGAAGCCCUGAGCCUGACACACUGCCUUUGGCUGCUGGAUCCGACCACCCCCUGCCCCGAGCCGCCUGGCUGCGUGUCUUCCAGCACCUUGGGCCCCGAGAGCUGUGUGUGUGCAUGCGAGUCUGCCGGACCUGGAGCCGCUGGUGCUAUGACAAGCGUCUGUGGCCUCGGAUGGACUUGAGCCGAAGGAAGUCUCUGACCCCACCCAUGCUCAGUGGGGUAGUUCGCCGCCAACCCAGGGCCCUGGACCUCAGCUGGACAGGUGUCUCCAAGAAGCAGCUCAUGUGGCUUCUGAACCGACUGCAAGGCUUGCAGGAGUUGGUGCUCUCUGGCUGCUCCUGGCUCUCUGUCUCUGCCCUGGGCUCAGCCCCACUGCCAGCCCUAAGGCUCCUGGACCUCCGCUGGAUAGAAGAUGUUAAAGAUUCCCAGCUCCGAGAACUGCUGCUGCCUCCACCAGACACCAAACCAGGGCAAACGGAGAACCGUGGGCGACUACAGGGGGUGGCAGAGCUGCGCCUGGCAGGCUUAGAGCUGACUGAUGCCUCCCUGCGGCUCCUACUGCGCCACGCUCCCCAGCUGAGUGCCCUGGACCUUAGCCACUGCGCCCAUGUUGGGGACCCCAGUGUCCACCUCCUCACAGCUCCCACAUCCCCACUCCGAGAGACCUUGGUGCACCUCAAUCUUGCUGGUUGCCAUCGCCUCACGGAUCACUGCCUCCCACUGUUCCGUCGCUGCCCACGUCUACGCCGCCUUGACCUGCGCUCCUGCCGUCAGCUCUCACCUGAAGCUUGUGCUCGUUUGGCAGCUGCUGGGCCCCCAGGCCCCUUCCGCUGUCCAGAGGAGAAGUUGCUUCUCAAAGACAGCUAGUUGGGUGCCCCCCACCCUCCCUCCCCCAGGACUCACCAGGAGACUGAACCUCAGCCUUCAUUUCACCCCCUGCUGGGAGGCCAGGUUAUCCCCCCCCCUUAGUAUUUGGGAUUCCUGAGUUUUAUGACUUGAGAUUCCUGCCCAGGGACUCCAGCCAACUUCCCCCUUCUCUUCCCCUGUAUUGAUAUCUCUGGAAGUCUCUCCUCCUCAUCUCCACCCUCUUCCACCUGCUUCAUAGUCCAUCCCUUGGGGGGAGUGGGUCAGAGGAACUGGGGGGGUGCUGAGCCAAAGGGAUGUUGGGAGGGGGGUUAGGUGCAAGUCUUAAGUGGGGGGAGAAUGGGAAAGGGUAUCUACAUACAGAUACUGGGAGCCAGGGGACUGGGGGAGGUGGAGGAUGGGUGGGGGGAGGGCAGAAAGCAGACCACCAAGGGUGCAGGGAAUGAAGACCAGAUACUUGGAGUUGGGGGGUGGGGGGGUGGAGCAAAAAAGGGAAACCAGAGCAAUGACUAGGAUUCAGGUGUCAGAGGUAGGGGGCUCCAGGAGCCUGGCAAGGCAGGGCUGAGUGGGGUAGGAAAUGAUAAGAGCAGUUAUGGGGGCAAUAGUAUCCCCUUUGGGAGGUCACCCCUCUCCUUUCCCCCUGCCCAGAUUUCAUUUCCUUCCCCCACCCUGACUCCUUGAACGUCACUGAAAAUGGCAGCUAUUGCGAGGAGUGGGGGCCACGGGUGUAUUUGCUGUUAAACUCGUGGCCCAGGGGAGUGGUGAGGGGUACCCCAGCCCCUUGCCUGCUUCUCCGCACAAUACUUGAACAUUCAUCUGUACUGAAGUGUUACUUGAACCGGGGGAACCUCGGACCUGGGGGAGCCAGAGUGUGAUGGGCCUGGACCAGCUUGGCUCUUCCCACUCUCUCAUCGUCAUGGAAACUUGUAUCCCAUUUGCCCAGGGAACUGCCACUCCUGAUUGCCAUGGAAAUAGCAGCCAAUGGACACCUCCUGAUGCCAGUGCUAAGGCUGGAAAUGGCCCCUCUCAGUUGCCAUGGGAACUUAGUAACAGACUCUUGGCCCUCUACCCCAGCCCCUUCUUCCAGCGUGGGGGCGGGGCCUCUGGAGCCAGAGGGAGGAGUUGGGGCCAGGUCCUGCCCCCAGCCCUGGCCUCCGGGGAAGCCGGGUUGUACCAUGUAGGGGAGGGGGGAAUCUAUCCACAUACCUCAGGUAACAGGGAGGUGCGCGGGUGGG